AUGACACAAUCGCGAGAGAGAAAAACAGUGGGAAGAACUUCACCCACCGAAGGACAGCAGGACUGCCAAGACAUCGAUGAGUGUAAUUUCCAGAACAUCUGUGUGUCCGGAACGUGUCAGAACCUCCCCGGAUGUUCGCGUUGGUGUGUGACGACGGAUACGAGCUGGGACCGCAGCGGAGGAAACUGCACGGACAUUAACGAGUGUGCGGACCCUGUGAACUGCAUCAACGGCCUGUGUGUGAACACGCCGGGCAGCUACCUGUGUAACUGCCCCGCAGACUUCGAGCUCAACCCCACCGGAGUGGGCUGCGUGGAUACUCGUGUUGGGAACUGCUUCCUGGACAUCCUGGCCCGCGGUGACGGGGGAAUCUCCUGCAGCGCGGAGAUCGGAGUGGGGGUGACCCGCGCCUCCUGCUGCUGCUCCCUGGGAGGAGCCUGGGGAAACCCCUGUGAACUCUGCCCCGCCCCCAACUCCACGGAGUAUAAGACUCUUUGUCCAGGAGGAGAGGGAUUCAGACCCAACCCCAUCACUGUCAUCCUGGAAGGUAAACAUCCUUAUUUCUCUGUUUAA